CCAAAUCACCCAGAAUGCAUCCAGGAUGCCCUGAAGAGUGUCCCGGGACAUAUAUGUUACUCUUUUGAAAGUGAAAGACAACUAACUGUUGAGCCACACAUUUCAAAGGGAAAAAGAUCACUCGGAUCAGAAUCUGUCGCGUUGAAGACAUAAUGCUCACUCGUCUGUAUAAAUACUUUACGGAAGGCCGUGAUGACUUGGACGAGAGGAUCGGCAUGACCGAGAAACAAAAGAAAUUAGUGCAGAACACAUGGGCCAUUAUUCGCAAAGACGAAGUGUCGUCUGGAAUCGCCGUCAUGUCCGCUCUUUUCACACGACACCCGGAGUACCAAAACGAAUUCAAGCUGUUCAAGGGCAUACCUUUCGACGAACUGUCGAAGAACAAAAGGUUUCAGGCUCACUGUGCCAAUAUUAUAGGGACGUUGAGCGGCACAAUCGAUCAUAUCCACGACCCGGAGCUAAUGGAGGCGGGCCUGCUCACUCUUGCCGAAAGGCACAAGGCUCGAGGGCAAACGCGAGAGCAAUUUCAAAACUUGAGGCAUGUAUUGGAGGACCUCUACCCGUCCGUUUUUGGGAAACAAUACACGCCGGAAGUGCAAGAGGCAUGGAAAAAAAUGUUCGACUACAUGUUUCCGAUAUUCUAUCGGGUUUUUAAUGGUUAAAAUCGCACGACUGAGUUAAUGCAAUUAUGCGAUUGGAAUAAGUCGCGACGCGCAUGUAUAUAUGUCACUUUUUUUUUUUGAAGAUCUUCGAAUCUUCCGAAAAGAUGACAAUAUUCUUCGUAAUGUAAGUUCUCUUUUGAAUUUUACGCGCUUCUCCCCGCGUAGAAACGUAUGCAGUCGGCUUGGGUCAAAAGCUAGCAGCUAGCUAGUAUGGGCUAGAUUAAAUUUUCUAGCUCAUUACUAGUUCGUUUUUGGCUAAAUUAUUAUUCACACUAAAAUGUAGAAUCAGUUUUAUAAUUUAACUAUUACAUUACGAAAUAUGAUGGAAUAGAUGAUACUCUCUAUUAUAAAAUUUAUAAUCUAGAUCUGCUAUAUAUCCAUCACUAACCCGUUUAAAAGUGAAGUAGCGAAUCAAAAUUGAGGGUACGUUAUUCCAUAAAGAUCUUAAAAAAAGUAAAAAUGAGCGUUACAUUACUGCCUGAUAACUAGUUGGGAUUUUUCAUCUCGUAAUUGUAAUUGUUCUUUUGUUUAAUUAUUCAACUAAUUUACUUAUCUAGCCAUUAGGAGAAAUGAGCGUUACGUUACUGAUUAACAACGACACAAAUUUAUUAUUUUCAUCAGGACUCCAUCCAGAUAGCAUAAACUUGUAAAAAUGUCUUAAAAAUAUCCAAAAGAUUUUUCUUUUUAUACUGACAACAUUGUACAUAUUUACAAAUAUAAGAACGUACUGUACAUCAAACAUAACAUACACUAUGUCCCUGACUUGAUGACAUUUUGUUUUUGGAAUGACAAUGAUUGAUUAAUAAAACGAAGAUGAGAAAUAUGAU